UCACAUGUCUCACAAACAGGGCCAGUACCACACUGAAUACUUCACGUGCUCUCUUUCUGAUUAACUUCUUUCCCUCAAAACUCGGUCCUCAUAUUUCUGCAAAUUAAAAUCUCAACAAUACCUUAUCCAUUUCUGUUUUUUUGGAAACUGUGUCAGUUGAUUUACUCACUCCACCAACUACUGCUACUCCAACAAUCAUCAAAUCUGCAGUAGUUUUAUUAUAAGACUAAGGUAGUUUUGUUCGUUGGUCGACACAACUAACUUGACAAAUUAAGAAAGUAGAGAUCGAUCAUUUGUUUGUUUGGACUUUGGUAUAUAUAAUGGAGAAGGCAAAUAAGCAAGUGGGAGGUGGUUCUUCUUCUUCAUCCUUUACUAACGACCUUUUUGGUCCUAAGGAAACUCCUAAAUCCUCCUCCUCUUCCUCUGCACUCUUUAACUCUGUCUUUGGCCCACCUUCCACGGGACUUAGAAGGGAUUCCGUUCACACUGGAGUAGGAGGUUCAUCAACCAUGAAAAAUUCAGGGAAUUACCAGUAUGAAAAUGCAAAAUAUGGAACUUCAGAUAAUGGGUCUCAAAGAAGUAGAGGAGACAUAAGUAGCAAGGACAAAAGUUGUAUGUAUGAGAAUGAAAAAACAGAACCAUGCUAUUUCAGUUCAUCCAUCUAUUAUGGUGGCCAAGAUGUUUAUUCUCCAACUAGCCAACCUGGUUCCCAGCAUAUUUUCAAGAAAGAUGGGAAAGAUGAUGAUCAAAAUGGAAACAAUUCAAACUGUGCUUCACGAGGAAAUUGGUGGCAGGGAUCACUUUAUUACUGAGAUCUUACCUCAUGCAUAUCUGAUCUCUUCCUUACCAUAUAUAGGGAUGGAAGUCGAGAGAUCAGAACACACUAUAUCUUCAGUUAGCAAGGAGCGGAACAUCUUAUAAUGUCCCCUUAGUUUCUUAAAUUUAUAUUUUCUCCCUUUUAUUUUUCUUUUUUUGGUUUUUUUCUUGUAGCACUUUUCCUCUUUUGUUCUUGUUAUGGUAUUGGAUUACCUAAACCAGCUUGUAUAAUCCAACUAUGUUUAACACUAAAUAAUGGCUAGCUUCUCUCUCU